UCAGGACGCUUGACUGAAUCUUGAAUAGCGAAUGCAUGUAAUUGUGAAAAGAGAGGAAUUCUCUUUUAACCACAGGCCCUAUGGAUCCGAACAGGAUUGUACAGGCUUUGAAGGGCACCAUAGACCCUAACCUGAGGAUAGCGGCGGAAAAUGAACUCAAACAGUCUUUCAAGAUCAUCAACUUCGCCCCUACGCUACUCCAAAUCAUUGUGUCAGAGCAGGUGGAGUUCCCUGUAAGACAGGCAGCCGCCAUUUAUCUGAAGAACAUGAUGGGACAGUACUGGCAGGACAGAGAGCCAGGGCCAGGGGACGUGGUGUUUCCCUUCAACAUCCACGAGAACGACCGCCAGCAAAUCAGAGACAACGUCAUCGAGGCCAUCAUCCAGUGCCCAGAGACUAUACGGGCCCAGUUGACGGUUUGUCUGCGAGUCAUCAUCAAGCACGAUUUUCCCGGGAGGUGGACGGGUAUUGUGGAUAAAAUCGGCAUGUACCUGCAGUCCCAAAACAGCGGCAGCUGGUAUGGCAGUCUCUUGUCCUUAUACCAGCUGGUGAAGACCUAUGAGUUCAAGAAGGCGGAGGAGAGGGACCCCCUGCUGGCCGCCAUGCAGCUCUUCCUGCCGCGCGUCCAGCAGCUCAUCUCCCAGCUGCUGCCCGACGUCACCGUCUUCUCGGUGCUCAUCCAGAAGCAGAUCCUCAAGAUCUUCCACGCACUCAUACAGUAUUCCCUUCCUCUCCAGCUCAUCAACAACACCGUCAUGACUCAGUGGAUGGAGAUUCUUCGCACGGUUGUAGAUCGAGAUGUUCCGCCGGAGACUCUGGUGGACGUGGACGAGGAUGACCGGCCCCAGUUGGUGUGGUGGAAGAGUAAGAAGUGGGCGCUGCACAUCAUCACCAGGUUGUUUGAGAGGUAUGGAAGUCCAGGCAACGUCACAAAGGAAUACUUUGAGUUUGCAGACUUUUUCCUGAAGACAUAUGCUGUUGGGAUUCAGCAAGUUUUACUGAAAGUGGUGGACCAGCACAGGCAGAAACAGUACGUAGCUCCUCGUGUGCUGCAACAGUCUCUGAACUACCUGAACCAGGGCGUGUCGCACUCACUCACAUGGAAACAGAUGAAACCACACAUGCAGGCUAUAAACCAGGAGGUGGUCUUUCCACUCAUGUGCUACAAGGAUGAGGACGAGAAGCUGUGGCAGGAGGAUCCCUAUGAGUACAUCCGCAUGAAAUUCAAUGUCUAUGAUGACCAUGUGUUCCCUGCCACGGCUGCCCAAAGUCUUCUGUGCAAAGCAGCCCGGAAACGGAAAGAGGUUCUGCCCCAGAUGAUGGAGUUCUGUCACCAGAUCCUGAUGGACCCGGCCUCAGACCCACGCAGGAAAGACGGGGCACUGCACGUAAUUGGCUCCCUGGCCGAGCUCUUGCUGAAGAAGAGGCUGUACCGGGAUCAGAUGGAACUCAUGUUACAAAACUAUGUGUUUCCACUGCUGAACUCAAACCUGGGCUACCUGCGUGCACGGUCCUGCUGGGUCCUGCACUCGUUCAGCCCACUGAAGUUCCAUGACGAGCUGGUCCUGAGGAACGCGGUGGAGCUGGUCAAGCAGGAUCUGAUCGCUGACAAGGAGAUGCCGGUAAAGGUGGAGGCGGCCAUCGCUCUGCAGACCCUCAUCAGCAACCAGGAGCAAGCUAAGGUGUAUAUCAGGCCGUUUAUCCGGCCGGUCAUGCAGGAGCUGCUGCACGUCAUCAAGGAGACGGAGAACGAUGACCUCACCAACGUCAUCCAGAAGAUGAUCUGCGAGUACAAUGAGGAGGUGGCCGUCAUCGCUGUGGACAUGACGCAGAACCUGGCUGAGAUCUUCCGUAAGGUGCUGGAGAGUGAUGAGUAUGAGGAGUGUGAAGACAAGACGGUGAUGGCUCUGGGCAUCCUGGGCACCAUCGACACCAUCCUCACAGUCAUGGAGGACCACAAGGAGAUUACUCAGCAGCUGGAAGGCAUCUGCUUGCAAGUGAUUGGCUUGGUUCUGCAGAAACCCAUCAUAGAGUUCUACGAGGAGAUUCUGUCUCUGGCGUUUGGCCUGACGUGCCAGACCAUCUCCCCUCAGAUGUGGCAGCUGCUGGGAGUGCUCUUCAAUGUCUUCCAGCACGACUGCUUCGACUACUUCACAGAUAUGAUGCCUCUGUUGCACAACUAUGUGACUGUGGAUACUGAUACUCUUCUGUCCAACCCAAAACACCUGGAGAUUAUCUACACCAUGUGUAAGAAAGUGUUGACGAGUGAUGCAGGGGAGGAUGCUGAGUGCCACGCUGCCAAACUCCUGGAGGUCAUCAUCCUGCAGUGCCGCGGCCGGGGGAUCGAUCAGUGCAUUCCCCUGUUUGUGGAGGCGGUUCUGGAGCGGCUGACGCGCGGUGUCAAGUCUAGCGAGCUGAGAACCAUGUGUCUCCAAGUGGCCAUCGCCGCCCUCUACUACAGUCCCGCCCUCCUGCUGCACACAUUGGACAACAUCCGCUUCCCUCACAGCCCAGAACCAAUCACGGCACAGUUCAUCAACCAGUGGAUGAAUGACACCGAGUUCUUCUUGGGUCUCCACGACCGUAAGAUGUGCAUCAUCGGCCUGAGCGUGCUGAUGGAGCUUCCCAACCGGCCGGCAGCGGUAGAGGCAGUGGUGGCCCAGAUCGUGCCCAGCGUCCUGCUACUCUUCCUGGGCCUCAAACACAUCUACGCCUCCCGCAUGCUCCACAAGCAGGAGGCCCUCACCAGAUGCCAGGGAACGCAGGACGAUGAAAAUGAGGAAAUUCCCAGUGAUGAGGACGAGGUGAGCGAGAACCGGAACGCCAUGCAGCAGUCGUGCAGCGCUCCGAGCAGCCAGGGGGACGAUGAUGAGGAGGAUGACGAUGAUGAUGAUGAUGACUACUGGGAUGAGGAAGGUCUGGAGGGCACGCCCCUGGAGGAGUACAGCACGCCCCUGGACUAUGACAACGGAGAAGACGAGUACCAGUUCUUCACCGCAGCCCUGCUACGUGUGCAGAGCUCAGACGUGAGCUGGUACCAGGGUUUGACGGCGCCGCUAAGUGAAGACCAGAAGAAGCAUCUGCAGGAGAUCUACAGCCUGUCACAGCAGAGGAGAAGCAUGGCCACCAAGGGACAGUGAGAUGACUUGUGAAUGGAAAAUGCUGGAAAGAGCUGAGGGAGCGCAUGUAUGGCGAAGGCCCUGAUCUGAUCUGGGAUGUUUAGCAGAAUUAACCACAGGGAACCGGUUCAGUCUAGAUCUGACCAAACUCACGCAUCCCAUCAUGAACCAGUUUCUCUCUCUAAAGUCAUCUUAAAUAAGGAGACUCCCCCUGCUGUGGGGUCCACUCUAAAGCAUGACCCAGGACUGACUCUUCUGAUCCGGGAACAGGACUUGGCCGUCAGGCCCCUGGGAGGCCACCUGGCUGGCUGUGGGCGAGAGAAGUCACCCCCCAUGGUCACUCUGUCACCAGCUCACUCAUUCAUCAGUUGUGUGUGUGUGUGUGUGUGUGUGUGUGUGUGUGUGUGUGUGUGUGUGUGUGUGUGUGUGUGUGUGUGUGUGUGUGUUUUUUGUGUGAUUGUUUUUGUGUGGCUGGGUGGAAGAGUGUAAUUUGAAAUGAUGUGUGAGAGAGAGUUCGAGAGUGUGUACUUGAAAUAAUGUGCAUGAAAGAGAGUGAAUAGAAGAGUGUGUGUGUGUUGCUGUGUGUGCGAGGGAGAGUUGUAGUUAGGUCUGAAUGGAGUUGAGGUGUGUACAUGUGUGUACACAUAUCUGUGUCUUUUGGCCUUUUGUCUAUCGUGUUGGAGUUGAUUUUGCUGUAAGAACUGACUGAGAGGCUGGUAAUGUGCUGAGGGGAUACCAAACGUCACAUUUCUCAGAGAGACUACACAAAGAUAUCAGAAGGACACGCCGUCCUCCCUGUGGACGAACUGAAAGAAAAAAAGACUGAAGAGGACCAUUGGGAGGCUUUUUAGAGUGUGUUUUGUGUGUGUGUGUGUGUGUGUGUGUGUGCGUGUGUGUGUGUUUCAGUAUAUGAAUUAUGAUCUGAGUAGUUGAUGGCACAACUUACUCUUAUGUGCUGUUAUUAUUUUUUGUUUGUUCUGAAUUCUUUUUUCUUUUUGUAACAAGGUGAGUUUUUUGGAAUUAACUUAAAAAAAUCCAUAAAAGUUUAUGUAACAUCCAA